AUGGUCGAUCAACUCCACUGUUCAGGCACAGUGGAAGUGGCAAUGAAUAUACCCGUGCAUCCUCGCCUCUCUAGGAAAGUGACAGGAAGUAUGUUACAAGUUCUUCAGGGGACAGAGAUGGCAGAGCUCAAACGAAAGGCCGGCAAGACCUGCGCGUUACAUCCGAGCCACCAAGCUCCGCCGGAGUCCGUCCUCACCCACUAA